ACGAACGCUGCUUCGAAUUCAAGCGACCGCUUUCUCUCCACUGUCUCUCGCUCUCUCUCUCUCUCGCUUUGAGCAUGAGAAUUGCCAAAAGCGGUAUUUAGUUUCCGAUUUAUUGCACCAACGGCGAUGCCUUAGAUUUGGUAUAGAAUUGUUGGUUUCUUUUUCUGGAUCUUGAUACUUUGGGUUCGUCGGUUUCGUUGUUUCUGGUGAAGGUUAGUUUUUCGCCGGAAAUGGCGAAUUCGGGAUCGAGUUCCCGGACCAGGGGAUGCGAGACCCUGAUUGGGGCAUCAAAGUUGGGAUUUUUAUUCCUCUGCAUCCUUUCCGUCGGCGCCGCUACUAGAGUGGCUGUUCCCGCCGCCGCCGAGGCUCUGGCCGUUGCUUUCCCUGGCUACCGGGCCGCACUCCGUUCCUGGCUCGCCCCGCCUUAUCUCUUCGUCGCCGUCCAUCUCAUCAUCUUUGUCAUCUGGAAGCUCUCCGACAAGAAGCAGCAACCACGAGAGCAUUGGGCGGCGGAGUCGAGGAUAGUGGACUUCGGGAACCCUAAAAAGUCUACAUUUUUGGGAUCUCCUCCCGUCGCUGGGAUUUCUGUGAAACCCUCACCGGACAUCUCGCCCCUCGGGACGACUCCAUCCUCGGCGGCUGCUGUUGCCGCGUCGGAUCCCACUGAAAGAUCUCCAUCGGAUGUGUCUUGCCUCACAACGGAGUCCGAUGCGGUGCGCGUAGUUUCAUCGGCGGUCAUCAACAAAAGGGGCGUCGAAGAGGAGUCCAAGAGCAGCGUCAAACAGGUGGAAGAGGGUUACGAGGCGGCGGCGAUAGCGAACGAGGCGAUCACGGGGAAGACGCCUCGCUCUCCAGCGACGCCACGCCACGAAGAAGCAAAGCAACCAGCGGCGGCUCCCUCGCCGUCAGCCACCGACGAAUUCAACCGGCGAAUCGAUGAUUUCAUCAAAAAGAACCGCGAGCAGAUCCGGCUUCUUAAUGGCCGGUGACGGCCUAGGAGAUCGAUCGACGAAUAAAUAAUUUAAAACACAAACUUUAUCUUUAUCUUCUUCAUUGCUCUUCAAAACCCUCUCAGAGAAACCUUCUAAUGGCGGAAGGAGACAAAAGGUCCAACUUCUCAGGUCUUCCUGGAACGUUGGACUUGUUCUUGGUUUGAUGUAGCUGAUUCAACUGCCAAAUGACAUGAUCUGGAAGAAGAAUGUUUUUUUUUCCUUUUGGUUUUACUGUUAGCUUAGUGUUUGAUAUAGGCCUGCUUAUUGAUGAAGUCUUUGUGUUCUGAUAGUCCUAUACUGUGCAUGUAGUCUGUCUGCUGUGUUAAUGCCAUGAGCUUACUUGUUUGAUCAAUAGUGCGCAUGCUGUAGCAUAAUUUGCAUUGUGCUUCAAGUAGAAAAGUCGAUAGAAAAUGGCACCAAACGAUAUGAUUGGUAAUGGCUGGGCUACUGGAGUUGUUUUUUUUGUCAGACAUGCUUUUCUUGCUUCUUGUACUCAUCAUGUGCUCUGCAGUAAGCAGCUGAGUGCCGUGCAGUUUGCUAGAACUGUGAAUCACACCCAAGGUGUUAAUUUUGAAGAUGAAUACCAACCAGCAUUGUAUUCUGUUGGUGGUAUUUCUACUGUAUUAUACUUGUAUUGAAUGAGUCUCUGACAAGAUCCUCCAAA